AUGCUGGUUGAAGAACUACUAAUAACUAUGGAAAUCAGUCUUCUGAUCGACGUGAAAAAGGAACGCGUGAUAUUGGCGGAGUCAAAUAGCGAUUUUAUAGACGUAUUGUUUAGCUUUCUGACGUUGCCGUUGGGCACCAUCGUCCGUAUCCUCGAGAAGCAAUCCUCCCUCGGCUUCAUGGAUCGCCUUUACGAGAGCGUCCAGAAACUCGAUAUCGAUUACUUCAGCACAGAAGCCUGCAAAACGAUGUUGCUGGCUCCGAGAAGCGUGUCUGAUUUAAGAUGCGAGGAUCUAAAGCUUCGCCCUGACGAUUCAUAUCCACGGAGCAUUUAUAUUUGCAAGACCCCUGAUUGCUUCUACAACGGAAGAAAACCUUGUAGCAGAGAAGCACAUACUGUGUGUUCGCAGUGUGGCCGCACCAUGACACGUUAUUAUUCGUCGAUUGAUGAUAGAAUUGCAGGUGAAUUCCAUGUGGACAAGGAAUUAAAGGAUCAUAUUAAUUUUGCUAAAGAGAAAAAGGAAGAAAAUAUUGGCGGCGUUUUUGUAGUAAAAGGGGGGAGGUUUCUGGUUACAGAUGAUCUAUAUGUGAUGCAGAGCUCCACGAAGAAUACUUUGGCAGAGAUGAAAAAACACGGAAUUGAAAAUUUUGACAGCUGCCCCUUGGAGCAAAGGAGAGUGACGCUCCAAAGAUCUACGGUUCUGGAUAUACUCAAAAACUCAUUGGCAGAAUCCAAAACUGUAUUGACAAAUGUUUUCCUGAAAGAGAGGAAAUUAGAGCAAAAUGGCAAUGGUGUAGUUAUCUCUAGAAAUAUAUCCCCACUAUUUCAUUUAAGGAGGAAAUCUAUAUCUAAAGAAAUAAUUGUCAAGUUACAAUGGAACAAAACUAAUGACGAUAUUGUUUAUGUUGAAGCGGGAGCGGAUCUUGUAGAUUAUCUAUUUAGUUUUCUUACACUUACUUUGGGGGCUGUGGUGAAUCUAUUAGAUGGGGUCUCUGGCAUCGGAAGCAUUGACAAUCUAUAUCAAAGUGUUCGAGAAUUACAUUACUUGUAUAAAUGCAUCAAAUCAGAGCAGUGCUUAUGGGAACUUACACUUCCAAUUGUGGCCUCCCACUAUCGUUGUGAUAAUCAACUUUUAGAAAUAAGAGAAGAAGACUAUUGGCUUGAUUUAAGAGCAUUAUUCCCUCGAGGAGCUGCUGAAAUGUCAAAGAUGAUACUUGUUGAUCCAAAGUCUCCCGUUGGUGGUUCCAAAGGCGGUGGGAGAUUCAUGAAAAGAUCGAAUAAGUUUUUAGUAGCGGAAGAUAUGGGUGUAUAUCCAUUUAGUUCUUUAACAGCGUUGGAUAUUAUGAAAAAAUACAACACUGAAUACGACACUUUGCACUUGGACGAUAUCGAAGAAGAGACGAUUACACUAGGAGGACGAGAGCUCAACAACACUUCUUUGCUCAAGAAGGGGCCGCUUCACAUGUUUAGGCUAAACCAUCUUCCAACUCCUCUUCAACUAUCUGUUGCUGCCACAAUGCUUAAAGCUGCAUUUGAGAAUGCCUUUAUAAUGACUGAUAUUGAAUUGGAGGUACAAGGUGUUGAAAUGAUUGAUAUAACCAAGGCGGAGAUCGCUACAAUUGCCACACCUACCUCAGCACCUGUCAUCACAUUCCCCCCUUCGUUAGCUCUGAUGGAGGUUGUUCCAGUGCCCCUUGAUGGGGAUACCUCUUUGCCUCUGGCCCCUCUACUAGAGGUGAUUCCUCCUGGCAGUUGA